UUAAUCUAGCCUAAUCUGCUUGUCAACGCGUUACGUCAAAUGGUGAAGGUUAAUCACGGGUGAUGCGGUUGGUUAUGUCAGCUGAUACGCGACUCGAGUGACGCCAAUAUUUUCUUCUUAUCGUUCUCUAUCUCUGAUCGUGAAAGCCGCAUCGAAUGUACAUAUAGGUAAACAAUUUCGUUAUUGAAUUUAUUUAUCGUUUGUAAAACACGCGUCAAAAAAAAUAUCGAGAAGCAAUGAAGAAUCUGAACGCGAAGAUCGGACCGUCGAUUCUGAACGCUGACUUGGCGCAACUUUACGAAGAGUCGCAAAAGUUGCUGGACAACGGUGCGGAUUACCUGCACCUGGACGUGAUGGACGGACACUUCGUUCCCAAUCUCUCGUUUGGUCAUCCCAUAGUGAAGUGCCUGCGCAAUAAAAUAAAAGACGCGUUUUUCGAAACGCACAUGAUGGUUUCUAAACCGGAGCAAUGGAUUCACCCCAUGGCCGAUGCUAACGUUGAUCAGUACACAUUCCAUGUUGAGCCUGUGGAAGAUGUUCCUUUGGUCUGUAGAAAAGUGAAGGAAGCAGGCAUGAAGGUUGGUGUAGCACUUAAGCCUGGAACUCCUGUGGAUGUGAUAACAGACUAUGUAGACUUAGCAGAUCUGAUUUUAGUAAUGACAGUGGAGCCUGGCUUUGGCGGACAGAAAUUCAUGGAACCAAUGAUGCAAAAAGUCGCAUGGCUCAGGAAAAAUUAUCCCGAAAUGGAUAUUGAAGUUGACGGUGGAGUUGGACCGUCUACAAUUGAAGCUUGUGCCAAGGCUGGUGCUAAUAUGAUUGUGUCUGGAACAGCUAUAAUAGGUUCUUCCGAUCAAGCUAAGGUAAUUACAAAUCUUAGAGACACGGUAAAUUGUUAUUUGGGUCACAAUCAAAUUAAUCAUUAAGGAAGUAACUAAAAAUAUUGUAUAAAUAUAGAAAUGUACUUUUUUCCAAGAAAACACAGUACAAAAACACUUUGAUAUUUUUUAUAAACAUAGUACAAGUAUGUAUAUAAAAGAUCUGCACGUUCUUUUUUGAAAGAGUUGCU